CGCAAUUCUGGCCCAAGGGAACCGCCAUCGAUCUCGUGCGAAACCAGUGCCGUCGACGCAGCCCGUGCGCUGCGCAGCCGUUGCGCGAUGCUCCCGCUGGUGCUGCUGGUGCCCCUGGCGCUGCUGAGCCUCGAUCUGCUGGCGCCGUGGCCGGCGGGCGCGGGCGCCGGACUGGCGCCGGCGCUGGUGCCCCAGGACUGGGCGCCGGAGGCGGCCAGGGCACGGCGGUUGGCAGAGAACCCGGCAGAGAACCAGAGCAGCAAUCCGUACAGCCUCGAAGCCGAAGAGGAGGAGCUCAAGAAGGAGGUGGAGGAGGUCUUCAACGGCUCGUGGCGAGAUCCCCGCGACAGCGACGGCGACGGUCUCCUGGUGUUCGUUCUGGUUUUUUCCAUGCUCCUACUGUUCGCUCCCUUCCUCCUGAUGGGGUUUUCGGUCUGCGGAUGCCUGGGCGUGCUCCUCUUCGCCUUCAAGUACAAGGCGGACGUGACCGAGAAGAGGCCGCCCCUGCGGGACGGGGCGGCGCAGCUCCCCUCGGGCGACUUCGCGACCGGCGUGUUCCGCUGCCUCGACGAUAGCCACACCUGCCUGCACGCGUACUGCUGCACGUUGUGCCGCGCCGGGGACACCUACCAGGGGGCUGGCAUCACGCAGUAUUGGAUGGUGGUCGGCAUCUUUGUCGUCGCACACAUCAUCGGUCGUUUCGUGCAGACUCUCGUCCAUGUCAUGACCGUCGAGAUGUUUGGCGGGGGUGGUGCCGACCCAGAGCACGCCAGCCAGAGUCUGGACCCAACCCCCGGUGCCAUGAUCAUGAUAUACUUUAAUCUUGUGAGUCUCCUGGUCGCGUCGCUCAUCGUGGGUGCCGUCUUCCAGAACUACCGCCGCAAAUUGCGGGUAAAGCUCGGCGGGAGCGAGGAGGGAGGGCCGAGCGUCUUCGUGGACUUCCUCAUGCUCGCGUUCUGCAUGCCCUGCGCCGUCGCACAGGAGGCGCGCGAGCUCGACGCCGCCACCGGCGUCAAGGUCGAGUGCUGCUGCACGCUGAAGGCCACGUCGGGCGCGCCCCUGGACGGGCAGCCCUUCCUCGGCCAGCCGCAGCCGCUCAUCGGUCAGCCCGUGCACCAAGGGGUGAGUCAGUGAGGGAAAGAGAGAGGCAGAGGGUGCGGCCUUGGGUAUCCGCAAUCGCACCUUUGGCGCAUCUACGGGCUUGGCGCGUGCGCUGGUCCUAACCUAAAAGAGGCCUCCAAGAUCACCCGCAAAAGGCAACAGUUGUUUCAUUCCCUUUGGGAAACAUGCAUUUUUACGAUAUUCUCUUCUGUACGCAUGUUUUGGGUCUGGUCAAAUUUUCAUUCACGAUUUGUUGUUUAUCCCACGACAGUUGGGGUAUUUUUGGUAUGCGUACACGUGUGGACAUGUAGGGAUGGGACCACGUGGGUUUCACAGCGUUGGUUCCUGUUCCCCUCGAGCCGACCGACGGCGCCGCAGUGUGCAGCGGGUUCGGGGUCAUUUCAGCGUGGCGCCCCGUGAGCUGGCGGAGUGCCUACGGUGGAACGAGUUGUUGGUGUUUUUUUUUUUUUCGCAGAGCAGGAAGGUUGUGGGAGGA